GAAGAGGAAAACACAUGGAUUAGUGUGUUUACAACUCUCGUUAUCCUGCGCGCACCCGGCAUCAUCCUGCCACCCAACGCGGACCGAACCUAUUUGCAUUUGUCCGGCGCUGUUGUCUCGACUCUGCGGACCUCGUUAUUGUAUUAUGAUCAUAUCACGGGCUUGUGUUCGAUGCUUUGCCGAGGACUAGAGGUUGUUAUUGCGGGCUGCAGCUGCUGGGGGGGGGUCUGUCGCAGCGUCGGGCCACCCACCAUCCGCGGAAGUGGGACAGGGGAACAGAUGGCGCGUCCAAGCCGGGCUGCAGGGCUGCUGAAGCUGAGGAUCAGUCAGUAAAAUAACAGCCUGUCUUUGCCUGUUUUCUAUUCGCUGCUUCUUUCGCGAACUUGACGAUGAAACAGUGACCUGGGUGAGAGCGGGAAAGCAUCGCGGAUUCGUCGCUAUUCAUCGAUGCGCGCAGAGGGCGCGACUCGCUGGCAUCGACCUAAUCUCUUGUGACGCGCCCCUGGCCCGGUGAACAAUGGUUGACAACCGCUACGCCACGGCCCUGGUCAUCGCCUGCGUGCUGAGCGCGCUGGCCACCGUGUACGUAUCGGUGGCCAUCGGGACGCAGCACUGGUACCAGUACAGCAGCCCUACCGUGCGCGGAGAGGCCAACGUGUCGGAGCUGCGCUCCCUGUACGAGGAGUUCAUGGACGGGGAGUUUGAUGAGAAAACUUACAGCGACACCCUGUUCCGCCUCAACGGCACCGUGGGCCUCUGGUGGCGGUGCGUGCUCGUCCCUGCCAACGCUCUUUGGCACAAGGAGCCAGAUGCCAAAAUGGUGCUGGAGUGUCGAAGCUUCACUCUGCCUCAGCAGUUCACUCCCAAGUACAAAGAACCAGGAAAUCACAACAGUGGAGAGGACAUGCUGCGCACAUACCUGUGGAGGUGUCAGUUUCUGUUGCCACUGGUGUCCCUGGGCCUGGUGGUGUUGGCAGGCCUGACUGGAUUCUGUGCCUGCCUCUGCAGAAGCCUCACCCCAACCCUUGGCAUCGGAGUACUUCACCUGCUGGCUGGUCUAUGCACCUUAGCCACAGUGUGCUGCUACCUGGCAGGGAUGGACCUGCUCCACAGGGUGUCUAUGCUCCCCGACAAGGUGGACGGCUCGCUGGGCUGGUCCCUCUACUUGGCUCUCAUCUCCUCGCCACUCCACAUGAUGGCCGCCGCGCUGCUGGUGUGGGCGGCACGCAGCCACAGUCAGAAUUACUACCGCAUGACUGCAUACCGUGUUGCAUAGACUGAGAGCUGUGUGUAUUCAUACCCCACUCUGACACCCAAGAUGCAUUUUAUAUGACAAUCUCAGAGAAGCGGGAUGUGGGUUAAUCUGUGCACCUCUGAUGGAUUAACUACAGUAAAGACCCUAUCUGCUGCAUUAAAAGAUUUGAUUUUCAUCUCUCGGGGAAUUGGUUUAAAAAAGGUAAACCAGAAAUGUAUAGCGCAGCACAUGCUUGGUUAAGAGUAACAAAAGAGAGUAGAUAACUACACGUUCAUUCAACAUAUAUUGCAUUCACAUCAGAAAAGAGCUGGAUCACAAGAUAGCAGCAUAUCAUGUCUACUAUAGGAAGCCUGUCACUACCAGUUUAAAAACCAGUAUGACAUCAACAAUUUGUAGAAUUCAGUUGAUUACACACAAAUGAAAACAUCACUAAGAUUAUUUUAUAUUCAGUUUCUGCCAAUAGCUCCCUUUCACCAAAAUCUCACACACUGAACCUUUAAAUUACAUUUAAAUUUAAAAGGUUUAAAUGUUACAAACUUUGGAAAAGCACAGCUCUUUAACAGGCAGGUGUGUCUCAGAUGGCUGUCUGUCAACAUGCAUCCUGUAUAAGUCCCUGGCAUUAAAAGAAAAACAUACUUUGUACUAUAUACAGUGCGGUACUGCGUUAGUGGUAUGUGGUAUGAGAGUGUGACACCUCAACUGUUUCACUGACCUCCACUGGUUGAAAUGUGUUAAGACUUCUGCUCACACCCAGGAUGAAAACUGGGUGGGGUGGCAUUUCUGAUAAUGUGCAGAUGUCCUGGUCGCACCCAGACUUCUGCAUCACUGUGCCACGACAAACAAUAGAAGAUAUUUCUUCUUACGUUCCGUAGUACGUCUUUUACCAACCUGGUGAGACACACAGUCUGGGAAUGUGAACCUCAAUGAGAGACUAUCUUUAUACUAUUGUUGUAUCUAUGUUUCAGCUAUUAUGAUUAUUUAAUUUACUAAGAUUUAAGAAGUCCAAAGUCAGUCCUAUUAAGAUUGACUAGCGACUUAAUUGAUUUAUUUACUUGUGGAAUUGAUUAAGGUCACAUGGUGUUUUAUGAAUAUUGUUUUCUUUUUGCUAUUUUCAAGUAUGAUUUUAAUGUUUUGACAGAUUUUUGUGGCUUUUUGCAUGAAAAUCCCUCAUGUACUCAACAGUAACAGUGCUACUUCCCCUCUUUGUGUUUUGUGUUUAUUGAAAUUGGUUUCCACAUGUCUUUUGUGAAUUUAGUUAGGGAAUAUUGUUAUUUAUUUGAUUUAUAUUUGUUCCUUGAUAUUCACCAUUAUGGGAAAAAAAACUAAGCUCAGUAAAUCAACAGGAUCUAAGGGAAAUAGUUCCCUGCGAGGCAUUAUGAAUGUACUUUAAAUGCCAUAUUAUGAUAAGCUACAAUAUUCCUUUGCAAAUUAUUUUUGAACAUAUCUGAAUAUUGCUGUAUUGCUUGGUAGUGAAUUUCUAUUUUUUCACAAUGUAAAUGUCCCAAAAAUCAAUUGUAUUUAUAGAAACGUUGUUGUUACCUUUAAAAUCAGUUUCCAUUGAUAAAUACAGUAACAGCGCUCAUAAGGUUUUAUGGGAUAAAGCCUGUGAAAUGAUGCACAAUGUGUGUUCUCGUGUAUUCAGCCUUUCAAUACAAGAUAUUCCUAAAUCCCUGAAUCCACAUUAGAGUAAAUACUGUAUAACAGCUGUAUGACUGUGCUUUUGUGAAUCUACAGUGAAUGUGUCGUCCAUCCUCCACCUGAAUGUUGUUUGUGAGCGUAUGCAAAAGUGUUCAAAAGCAACUGCUGUCGUUUCAAUAAAAAGUUUUUUUGUAAAAAUUUA